AGCAGAGCCAUCAACAGGGACACCAGAAAUGGGCUGCUUUGACUGCGAAGUGUUCAUUAGUUUCAGAGGAAAUGAUACACGCAAAGGCUUCACCAGCCAUCUGCACAAGGAAUUGGAAAGUCGUGGCAUACCCACCUUCAUUGAUAGCGAACGCUUGGAAAAGGGACGAAGAAUCAGCGAUCUUUUCAAGUGGAUCGAGGGGUCGAAGAUAUUCAUGCCCAUCUUCUCCAAAAACUAUGCAGAGUCCAAAUGGUGUUUGGGGGAGAUAGCUAAGAUGGUGGAGAUCAACAAACGGGAAGGCGAUCAAAGGAGGCCCAUUAUUCCCAUAUUUUACGAUGUUCCUCCUGAUGAUGUCAGGGAUUGCAGGGCAUCAUUUGAAGAGGCUUUCGAAAAACAUCAGCACGACAUAGAAUUAGGAGAGGAGCAGAUCAAUGAGUGGAAAGUCGCCGUAACAGAAGCGGGGAAAAUUUCUGGAUACUGUCUCUCUGAAACGGAAGGGGAUGAGGCAAAACUAAUCACACUCAUAGGUGCCCGAGUCUCUCAUAUAUUGAGCAAGGUUCGUUUUGACAUACAGCCUAUUGGGAUAGAUUCCCACAUGAAUGCCCUUAAGCAAAUGUUGGAAAGAGGAAACAAAGGUGUUUGCAUGAUCGGAAUAUGCGGUCGCGGUGGAAUCGGGAAGACCACACUCGCGAUGGCCCUCUAUAAUGAGCUCUCUCCUACUUUUGAAGGCAGUUGCUUCCUGUCUAACAUGAGAGAAAAUGAAAAGAAGGAGGGCCUACCCUCAUUGCAAGCGAAAUUCAUGGAAGAAGUGUUAAGAGGAAAGAUGCCUAUAGGCAAUGUUAGAGAAGGAGUUAGCUUGAUGAAACAAAGACUUGGAAGCAAGAAAGUUCUAUUGAUUUUGGAUGAUGUGGAGCACACACGUCAACUUGAGGCUUUCACGCCUAACCGUAGGGAAAAGGAAGAGUGGUUCGGUGCAGGAAGUAAGAUGAUUGUGACAACAAGGAACAAAGACGUACUCAUCCAGCAUGGGCUGCAAGAGAAAGAGAUUUAUUUCCCUAAGGGGUUCGACGGACAGCAAUCACUGCAACUAUUCUUUCGCCAUGCGUUUGUGAGCGACCAUCUCUUGGCUGAACUGGACGACCUACCUCAGGAAAUUGUGGAGGUAGCAGCGGGCCUGCCACUAGCGCUGAUAGUAUUUGGCUCACACUUUAGUUUCCUGAAGAAAAAGCAAGAAUGGGAAGAAACAUUGGAGACAUUCAAAAGCGAACAGCAUAAGGAUGUUUACGAGCAAUUAAGAAUAAGCUACGAAGGCCUAAAUGAUAGAGAGAAGUAUGUCUUUUUGGACAUAGCAUGUUUCUUCGUUGGAGAGAGUAAAGAAUAUCCGUUCUACAUGUGGGAGGCUUGUGGUUGGCGUCCGCGGCUCGCACUUGAAGUUCUCCAGCACAGAUCUCUUAUUAAAAUCGACGAGAAUGAUAGGUUCGAAAUGCAUGAUCAGAUCCGGGACAUGGGAAGAAUGGUUGUCAAGGAAGGAAGCCAGUUUGAUGAUCCUCUCACGUAUAGCAGGCCAUGGAGCAAGGAUCAAGUUUUGGAAGUGUUGAAGAAUCCGGAGGUAUAUAAACUAAACUCAUUAGUUUCUGAUUAUGAUUUAGAUGUUGAAGUUUAA